AUGAUGGAUAUUCAUGAUGAUAAUAUAGACACAUGCCAAUCAGAAAUGGCAUAUAUUAGUGAUGCAGAUUCCGAUGAUUUGAGAAAAAAAGAUCCCAAACAAUAUGUUAGUUAUGAAUGUGGGCAUAUUCUUUUUUCUUCAUCCUUUCAAUUAUUAAUGCCAAUUAUAUUUUCUUUAUAUUGUAAAUUUUAUUAUAUGUCUAUAAUCGACAUAUGUUUAUUUCUUACAUCUAUUAUACAUUGGAGGAAACCAGAAUUAGGCAUAAGAAGAAACAUUGAUAUGUUUAUGGUGCUUAUUAAUACUAUAACGAAGGGUCUUUUUGCUUUUACUUCAAGUUCUCUGUGUGUAUUUAUUUAUGCAUGUGGUAUUAUAACUACUGCAUCACUAUACUGGAUUGGACAGAAAUUACACAAUAAUAAAUACGGUACUUUAUUCCACCUUACAAUGCAUAGUUGCGGAAUUUUUGGAGUAUUAAACCUUUAUUAUUUUUCUAGAGAAUUGAGUAUUGAUAUAAUAUAG